CACACAGUGACAAAAAGCAAAAGUACAGAAACACUUACACAAUCCACCAAGCUCUCAAUAAUGACACACUGAAAUCACGGAUAAAAGAUCCCUGCCUCAAGUACAUUCUUGUCAUUUGCUUCCACACUUAAUUAUUCACACAAACAAAAACUAUGAAAGAACUCAAACUCAUUCUAACAGUUUUAUUGCUUCUGUCAGUAACCACCAUUGCUGAUGAUUAUGUUCGACCUCAGCCUCGAAAAACCUUACAUCUUCCAUGGCAUUCAAAAUCCUCUUCUUAUCCUCAGCAGGUUCACAUUUCUUUUGCUGGAGACAAGCACAUGAGAGUUACAUGGAUUACUGAUGACACAUCUGCACCUUCAGUUGUUGAAUAUGGAACAUUGCCAGGGAAAUAUGGUUCUGUAGCUGAAGGAGAGACAACCUCUUAUAGUUACCUGUUCUAUAGCUCAGGAAAGAUACACCAUACUGUAAUUGGCCCUUUAGAGCCAAAUUCUGUCUACUUUUACCGUUGUGGUGGAGAAGGUCCUGAGUUUGAGCUCAAAACACCUCCAUCUCAGUUUCCAAUCACUUUUGCUGUGGCGGGAGAUCUUGGCCAAACUGGUUGGACUAAAUCGACAUUAGAUCACAUCGACCGAUGCAAAUAUGAUGUUAACUUGAUUCCCGGAGACCUUUCGUAUGCGGAUUAUAUUCAGCAUCGUUGGGACUCAUUUGGUAGACUUGUGCAGCCACUUGCUAGUGCUAGACCAUGGAUGGUAACACAAGGGAAUCAUGAAGUGGAACACAUACCCUUGAUAAAAGAUGGAUUUAUAUCCUAUAAUUCUAGAUGGAAAAUGCCGUUUGAGGAGAGUGGUUCAAGUUCGAAUCUUUAUUAUUCUUUUGAAGUUGCUGGUGCUCACAUUAUCAUGCUUGGCUCGUAUGCUGAUUAUGACGAGUACUCAGAACAAUAUACAUGGCUGAAGACAGAUUUGUCAAAGGUGGACAGGAAAAGGACACCAUGGUUACUUGUCUUAUUUCAUGUUCCAUGGUAUAAUAGUAACACAGCUCAUCAAGGUGAAGGUGGUGAUAUGAUGCAAACCAUGGAGCCAUUGCUUUAUGCUGCUAACGUUGAUUUAGUUUUUGCCGGUCAUGUGCACGCCUACGAACGCUCAAAACGUGUAUAUAAUGGAAGAUUGGAUCCUUGUGGUGCUGUCCAUAUAACAAUUGGUGAUGGAGGGAACAAAGAAGGCUUAGCACAUAAGUAUAUUACUCCACAGCCAAAGUGGUCAGACUUCCGUGAAGCAAGUUUCGGUCACGGUGAGCUAAAGAUUGUAAACUCCACGCAUGCCUUUUGGAGUUGGCACCGGAAUGACGACGAUGAGCCAGUAAAAUCUGAUGAUAUCUGGAUAAACUCUUUAGUCAGCUCAGGAUGUGUUGAUCAGAAGAGAACUGAAAUCCCUUGAUCUUCUUCUGUCUUUCCUCAAACAAUGUGUUAUCAAAGAGUUUGGCUGUGAAUCCAAAUCAUGAAUCAAUUCCUAAGAUUAAUAUAUAGUAUUAAUAUCAGCUUGAGUGAGUCAAUUGAGAUAUAUUAGUACUUUGAUAUAUGGUUUUUCCUAUAUUUACUGUAAAGUAAUUAAACCUAGUUGUCUCUUACCAAUAUAUGGUAUUGAAUAUAUAAUGUUGUCUUAACUUCAAAGAUUGGUUUCUGAAUAGAAAAGUCAAAAGAGUGGUUAUUUGUGUAAA